AAUCAAUUUGUGUACGUGUGUGUUUUGAUAGCUGAGCUAGCUAGUAGCUACGUGGUGAUUGUGCGUGCCACCAAAUUCGAAAUCCUCGCAAACGAAAUUAGCGCUUCCACAUAAAUGCAUCUGCCAGACUUUACAGCAGCCUUGCUGCUUGCCCUAGUUGGCUACAGCAGCGCACAGCGUGUGGCACCCGGCGUAAAUCCUCAGCAUUAUCAACAAGUGCCCCACCAAGUUCCACAACAUCACCAACAGCCGCCACCUCCACAGCAGUACCAACAACAGGGACACGCUGCGCCCGGCGUGCCGCCGCAGCAAUAUGUGCCUGUCCCGCAGCAACAACAGCAAGUACAAUAUCAGCAGGUGCCCGUGCAACAACAACAACAACAACAACAACAACAGCAGAUCCAUCAGCAGCAACAAAUGCAGCAGCCUGUGCAACAGCAUCCACAACAGGUGCCGAAUCAUCAGCAGCAGGCGGGCGGACAUCAUCAUGGACAGCCACAGCAGGUUUUGAAUACGGGCAACAUUCAGCAAGAGCGUGCUCACAUCCAGGAGCACAUGCAAGUGCCCAUCGAUACGAGCAAAAUGUCCGAGGCUGAGUUGCAGUUCCAUUACUUCAAAAUGCACGAUUCGGACAACAACAACAAACUGGAUGGCUGUGAACUGAUCAAAUCUCUGAUCCACUGGCACGAGCAAGGCAGCAAAGAGCAGCCCAAUGGCGAGAAGCCCCAUGUAGAGGAGAAAGUAUUCUCAGACGAAGAGCUGGUGGCGCUCAUUGACCCCAUACUGCAAAUGGACGACACAUCGCAUGACGGUUUCAUCGAUUAUCCGGAGUUUAUUAAGGCUCAGCAGAAGGCUGCCGAAAAACAUCAGCAGCAACAGCAACAGCAGCAGCAGCAGCAGCCUCCACAACAGCAGCCAAUCCAUUAGUAUCUAGUUCAAUCGAUUCAGCUUGCAUAAACCAAUCCAGCAUAGUUAUGUCUGUCUAAGUGUCUUGGUCCGCAUUGUGCAGCUACAUGUACUCAUGUUUCACCACAAACACACACACACACACACACACCACAUACAAAUUGAAAUUUGGGCGCAAACAAUUGCAGCUCAAAUUGUAAUAUACUUCAAACAAAUGUUUUGAACAUGCUACAAGCAUUCCAAUCGGGCAACUUCUUUGAACAAAUUGUAUAAUUUAUUACACAACUUCUCAAAAAUUCGAAUAAUAGCACACACGAAUCUCCUUUUGUGAUCAGUGCAAUUAAACUGUUUGUUUUUCUGUUUAAUCUUUCCCUAAUUUUAGUUAUUCGUUCAAUAUGAAGUUAAUUUUAGGCGUCACUUUAAAGCAGC